AUGGCCUCCACCGACGAGCACGCAGACGCCAUGGACGUCGAGGUGUCGCCCAAAAACAAGACGUCGGUCGAACACAACAUCCAUCAGUCGCUCGGCGCUAUCAGCAACUCCGUCGAAUCGCUCGAGAUGCGCGCCGACCCAGACGCCCAGGCAACAGUCACCGACUUUCUCGAUUUUACCGAAUACCUCCCUUCCGAUAUGAUGCGAUCGUUGACCCUGAUCGGCAAGCUCGACCAGACAUACGGAGAUGCAUCCCUCAACGUGCACAACCUCACCUCAACCUGGGGCAAGCUCCCCAGCAUCCCCGCCGAAGAGCGCCCGUCUCCUGUACAGUUGCGCGCCGAAAUCUCGGAUAGUCUCAACCAUGCGGUCAGUUCGCGCGUCUUCGCGCACGCCGAGGCGGUCCGCAUGUCCGAGAACGUGAGCCGUCACUAUAAUCGCGCAAAGACGAUACUGGCAAAGUUAAAGGAUAUGCUGGAAAACUACCCGACUGAGGAACAGAAGAGCCCGGUGGCCACUUCCAAGUCCCCUCAACUUGUUAGGGCGCCGAGAAUAAUGCGCAACGGGGAUGGCGAAAAGGUGCGACGACCACGGAUACCCAGGAUUACUGUUCCCGGCGAGGUGCUACCACCCUACGACCAGUUUGUGGCGUACUCAGACGACAGCGACGAAAGCUCUGAAGAAGACGACGACGAAUCUCUUGGGCGCACGCCAGCUCGGUCAACGCCCGCACCCCGGAUCAGGGUCCUCAAGACCCCCAAAGCCAGGCCACCAAAGACUCCAAAAGCUGCAUCAUCGCGCCCCCCUAAAUCGGCCGCAACCCCCGCUACAGCCGCCACUCCUGCUGUUGUGCUGCAGCCUCCGCCAGAAAAUGCCGUCAUAGGAAGUGUGGAUGCUCCCUGGCUUCAGCUGACGCCAUGGGAGUUGGCAAGAUUAAGGAAGCGUAUGAAGAAAAACGCAACAUGGAAUCCUAGUGACACCAUGAUUUUGCGAGAACUGAAGACGCUCGGUCGUGGAAUCGACGCUUACAAGGAGGCAAAAAAGAAGGCCGAGGACGAGGGUAGGGUGUUUGACCAAGUGCCUCCCGCUCUAGCCCCCGAUGCCGAGACCGGCAACAAACAGAUUCCGGAGGGCGCAAUCAGCGCUGCCGCGCUUGCUUCGGACGACAUCCAGCUGAGCAACAGGGGCAUGAAGCUGAAUGAGGCGAAGAAGCUCAAGCGAGAGUCGUUAGCCAAGCAAGCUGCUGAAGAGGCAGAGGAAUCAGCUCGACAGUUUAGGGAGGCUGCAAGGCUUUUGAUGUCUCAUGAAGCGCCGCAGUCAGGGUCAGGUUCGAACAACGGUGCAGACCAGCCGAAAUCCGCAAACAAGGCGACCCCCAACGCCAAAGCCAAGCCGAAGCCGAACGGCACCAAGCGCAAGAGAGACUCUGUUCCGGAGGCUGAGGCUGAAAAGCCCGAGCCAGUCGAGACACCGGCCCCCCGUCCUGCGCCGAAGCGGACCAAGACGGAGACACCGGUGCCGCUGCCUCAUCUCAGAGCUAGUCUUGCCUCGCAGCCCCUGGCCGAGACCCCCAUACCGCCUCCUGUUCUUACCCCGGGUGGCACUGCAGUUACUCCUAAGAUGACAACUCCCGUGCCAAUCCCGAUCCCUGGUCAGGACGCUGCAGCCACGGCGACUACGAAGCCGGCAAACACCUCUGCGCCGGCGUCGUCGCCAACCGGUUCAACCGGGCAGCCUCCAUCCGUUGCGAGCACUGGACCGGCGAAUAUCGUGACGAAACCGCCUGCGGAGACGCCCAUACCUCCGCCGCUUUUGUCACCCAAGAAGUCAACCACCCCGAUUCUUCCUCCAGUGCGCGAUACUGCGCCCAGAAGGGAAACCAGGGGCGACAUGGCAAAGAAAGGCCAACAGCAAGUGGAAAACCCCGCCUCGCUGCCACCGCAGCAGGCUCCGCAAACGCAGCGUUCGUCCUCUGCGGCCCCUUCCAUCAAACAGUCAAGCUCCCGUGCGGCGACGCCGGGCACAACACCCGUCCCGGAAGGCCAGCGACGUCCCGGAUCCAGAGGGAAAGCUACGAGUCAAGAGCCGCAGCCCUCGCUGGCCACUGACCGACCGCGUCGCGCUAGUACCGCGAGGAACACUCCAGCGCCAGAGCAGAGACAACCGAGCAAGAGGACUAGAAAGCCUGUGCCAGGUAUUGUCAGCAAGACGAACGCUGGAGGCAGCAGUGCCGUGGGCAAGCGCAAGGCCGCGCCCAAAAAGAAGCGCGCCCAAAAAAAGGAGAAGGGUCAGCCAAUCGAGAUUGAGCUGGAGGAGGACGACGAGGGCAACCCGAUCGAUCCCAAUGAGCCGCGGUACUGCGACUGCAACAGGGUCAGCUUUGGCGAGAUGAUUGCAUGCGACAAUGAUGGCGAGAUAAACGCUAGGGGAGUCAAGGCUUGA